CUGACUCAUCGACGUUGCCGACAGCGACGCUCGCUCACUGCAGGAGUUCGGACGAGCUCCUACUCCGAGUCCUCGAUGGUGGGAUGGAUUCGGAGUCCCUGCUAAAUCUUGAAUGUCAGAUUUGGAGAGUUUUUGGUUUCCAGCCGGCUUUCUUCCGCGGUCGGAAUGGGUUGCAAAAAUGGCGAGGAUUUCUGGAGAUAGGAUCCACGCUGUGGAUUCCCAGCCCGGGAUCCUCGUCCGGACAAAUUGUGCUGACUAAUUGACUAGUGUCUGGCAUUUGUGUGCUGAUCAACUGCAUACAAACAUCUCGUCCAUGGGCCGGAGAAGCGGGUUUUGUCUCCCGGAAUUUCUCGAUUUUGUUCUUCACCUCUGUUCUUAGGAGGGAGUAAAUUGAACGACUCCGCCACGGGCUCAUCUCACAAUGUCGGGGCCCGGGGGUAUGAAAGUUACUAGCCUGAAUGGAGUGAAAGUGUAUGCUGUCUCUGGACAGCGGUCGUUCGCAACAUGGGUCGCACCCGCGAAGAUGCGAGCCUUGCGGAAAGACGACGAGUACAUGCGCAGGAUAGAGCUUUUGCAGGACUUACAAUUCGACACAGCUUCGACGCGCAUAAAAGCAACACGAGACGGACAGUAUCUGGUGGCAUCAGGAAUUUACCCUCCGCAAGUGAAGGUUUAUGAAUUGAAGGAGAUGUCCCUCAAGUUCGAACGGCACCUUAAUUCCGAAAUUGUGGAUUUCCAAGUUCUGAGCGAGGACUAUUCCAAAAUGGCGUUUCUGUGCGCAGAUCGCUCUGUCUGCUUGCACGCGAAAUUUGGCAGCUAUUUCAGCACGCGAAUCCCUAGGAUGGGCAGAGACUUGUCGUAUGAUUGUUGGUCAUGCGACCUCUUGGUCGCUGCAUCAUCGCAGGAGAUUUAUCGUCUGAAUUUGGAGCAGGGUCGAUUUCUCGCUCCCCUUCAGACCGAGUCCCCCGGAGUGAACGUCUUGGGGCGAAGCCUGGUCCACGGAAUGAUUGCUGCUGGAGGCGACGACGGUGCCAUCGAGUGUUAUGAUUUACGACAGAAGGCCUCUAUCGGUCGCAUUGAUGCCGCGGCUUCGACUGACAAUCCUGACCAGGAGAUAACUGCCUUGCGGUUCGAUGAAGGCGAAGGAAUUCUCCUCGCUGCCGGCACCAGCUCUGGCCAGGUGCUGGUGUACGAUCUGCGAUCCUCGAAACCCAUACACACCAAGGAUCACAUGUAUGGCGCCCCGAUAAUUGACAUCAAAUGGCAUGAGAGUGUUAGCUCCAAGUCUCGACAUCUCAUUACGACCGAUACUCGAGUUAUGCGAAUAUGGGAACCUCAGACUGGAAAGGCGCUUACGAGUAUUGAGUCACCUGCCGGCGAGAUCAAUGAUGUUUGCGUGUACCCCAAUAGCGGGCUCAUAUUCAUGGCACUCGAUUCUCCUAGAAUGUCGUCAUAUUUCGUGCCUUCACUCGGCCCUGCUCCGAGUUGGUGCUCGUUUCUGGAAAACCUGACAGAAGAGCUGGAGGAGAAUCCACAGACCACUAUCUAUGACGACUUCAAGUUUGUGACGAGGAAGGAUUUGGAAGCUCUCAAUCUAACGAACCUGCUUGGCACUAAUCUGUUGAGAGCCUAUAUGCACGGCUUUUUUAUUGAUCACCGGCUCUACAACAAGGCGAAAAGUAUGGCUGACCCUUUUGCCUACGAAGAAUACAGGAAUGAGCGGGUGCUACAAAAGAUGGACGCUGAGCGUGCUGCUCGCAUCACGAUAAAGACCAAACUUCCGAAGGUGAACAAGGAACUAGCCGCCCGGAUACUCAAAAAGAGCGAGAAGCUCGGUGAAGAUGACCAAGAAGAGGAGACUGGCGAAGCAGGUCGCCGUGCCGCUCGAAAGAAGAGUGGAAUCAGCAUUCUUAAGGACGACCGGUUUGCUGCCAUGUUUGAAGAUGAGGCUUACCAAGUGGAUGAAGGAACUGCUGAAUACAAAGCUCUGCAUCCGAACGUCGACAAGAGGAAGCCAUUUCUUGUGGACGAGCACUUUGACCUCGUUUCCGAUAAGGAGGACGAGGAAAGUGAAGAAGAGGACGACGGUAGUAGCAGCGGUGACUCAAUGGAUGAUGGUGAUGAUGAAAGGAGAGACAGACCAGAGAAGAAGAAGCCAAAGAAGUCCAAGCAGAAGAAGUUCCCGAAAGCAUUGUCCGAGUCAGGACCACGAUUUUAUGAGGCCAAGGACGAGGUUCAUGCACAAGCGUUCAAAAAGAAAGUUUCCCUGGUUGCCGAGCAAAAGUUACCCUUGGGGGCAAGAGUGGAGGACGCUGAGAAGUCUACAUACAGGCAUCAUCGAAACGGUGCUGAAGUCAAAGGCCUUGGUGGCAGUCGCCAAAUUUCCUUCAAUCCGAAGCGAAGUUCAAGAGACGAAUCUCCUGAUGGACGAAGUUAUAAAACUGGCUAUAGGCCUAAGAAGCGAGGAAUACAAGAACUCGGAUUGAAAAGUGACAGCCCAGGAGGAAGGGGUAGAGGCAGAGGUGGAUUCAGAGGCGGCAGGGGUGGAGGAAGAGGCGGAGGUGGAGGUGGAGGUAGCAGGGGUGGAGGCAGAGGUGGAAGCAGGGGAAGAGGCCGGAGCAGGGAUUGAGUAGGAAUAAUUGAAGAGACAUAGUUAGACGGAUUAGUCCAGAAGAAGAUCUAGAGAAUUUGUAAAGGAUAACAUACCUGAUUUUUUAAAUGUAGUGAUUCUUGACGUCGUAGUGCCGAAGCACACCUACCCUCGGCCUUCUUCGAUACAAUAUGGCCACCCACUCUACGAUCGCAACCGUCCAAUGAUACGCAAGAAGCGGGACUAUGGAGACCAAAUCGUUCCGUCAGGAAGUGAAGGCCUUUUCGUAGGUGAGGCUGUUUGUUGUUGCGGAAGCAAGGUGUCUGUGCUCGAGGCUUCGGUAAGAGGUAGUUGGUGUAGAAGUGAACCGUGAGAGGUGCAGUGUUAGAUGUUUGUAACGGGAAGUGUUUGUACCUGAAUUUUGGAGCCGGAUGCCGGAUUGCAUAGCAAGAUGGCUCGGCCAUGCUCGGUGAUGUCGAGAGAACCGAGAAUUUGCCGGUCCAUCCUCGUAGGGUAAGCCUGUUGGAAUUAGUAAAGAGUAACGAAUUUUGCUCUCACAAAUCUAAUCGUGCACGCUUGUUUUGGUGGGGACAUGCUUGCCAUGGCGGCAGGGGUGAGGCCUCUGAAAUUGCCAUCCGGUCCAAGUGCUCCCAUUGUUCCCAACAUAAGGAUGUCCCGACAAGACGGCCCAGGACAUCCGGAAAUUGGUUCUUUGUAGGCCACCUUUGGACGCAAGGC